GAUAUGUUUAGUUGCCAAUCAAGGGAUUGACUCGUUGGAGCUCCUGCUAGAAUUGGAGUGAACUUUUCUUAAAACAAGUUCCUCAAGUAUGCGGCGGGAAGAACAACGCCGGCAAUCCAAAAGUUAGCAAUGAAAGUGAGUUCUACUUUCUUAACACCAUUUUCAUCAACCUUUCCUCUAAUUUCAUCCAUCCUACAAAAUCACCGUAAACCAAAUUACAUACCAUUCCGUCGUUACAGUUGUGUGACUUCUUCUUCUUCUUCUUCUUCUUCUUCUUCUUCUUCUUCUUCUUCUUCUGUCACUCCAAUUUCUCACAAACCCCAAAUCCCCCUGUUUCUAAGACCACCCAUCUACUCAACAACCCAACCAGACCUCCAUAACUUCAUCACUUGGGCCAAAACCCUAGCUUCUUCAAUUGGGUCAACCUUUGUUCAAAUUGACGAUGGCCCGGAUUCAACACUUUUGCUUAGAGAGCUUAAUUGGUUCCUCGACGAUGCGGUCGAGGACCCUUUGGAUAUUUCUCAUGGAAGAAGUGGUACAAGCGCGAAAAGGGUGGGUCUGAGGGCUAGUUUGGAUGAAAUGUACAAGCUUUGGGGGAGUAGGAUUCAGGAGAGGAGGCCGUUUCAGUAUGUUGUUGGGUGUGAGCAUUGGAGGGAUUUGGUAUUGAGUGUUGAGGAAGGGGUUUUGAUUCCGAGGCCUGAGACGGGGAAGAUUGUUAAUUUGGCUGAGGAGGGUUUAAAGGAGGGUGGGGUUUGGGCUGAUUUGGGGACUGGUUCUGGUGCUCUUGCAAUUGCAAUUUCGAGGGUUUUGGGGAAGAAUGGAAGGGUUCUUGCUACUGAUUUGAGUCCUGUUGCUGUGUCUGUUGCAAGUUACAAUGUGGAGAGGUAUGGUUUACAGGAUUCCAUAAAAGUAAAACAAGGAUCAUGGUUCGAGCCUCUUAAGGAAUUUGAAGGACAACUUGCUGGUGUUGUGAGCAAUCCACCUUAUAUACCCAGUGAAGAUAUCAGUGGGCUGCAAGCUGAAGUUGGCAAACAUGAACCUAUUCUUGCUUUGGAUGGUGGCGUGGAAGGCUUGGAUGAUCUUUUUCAUCUUUGCACAAGAAUGUCUAUAAUGCUGAAGCCUGGUGGUUUCUUCGUUUUUGAGACAAAUGGUGAAAAGCAAUGCAAGAUUUUAGCAGACUACCUGGAAAAUGUGACUGGAAAUUGUUUCCGUGAUGUGACUAUCAUUUCGGAUUUUGCUGGUAUUAUGCGGUUUGUGACUGGAUAUCGUAUAUAACCAGAUGCAUUAGAUAUUGUCUGUAAGUCAGUUGGAAGAAAGGUAACCUUAUGGCUUAGAAGGCUGCCCAUUUAUUAUCUUCUUUGUACCGUGACAUCAAAUUUUGGCGGUGCAUAAUAAAUAGCUGCUGUUGCAUGCUCUAAAUUUUUUCUGACAAAGGCAGAUUUGCAUGUACAGAGUUAUUCGUAAUUUGCUGUGGUAUAAAUUUGUUUAAUUUCAUUGCUGAUUAAAAUGAAGAGGAUUUUGGGUAAUUGGAGUGCAGAGAUUUGGCAGAGAAGUAUUUGAUUAUGGUUUCAUGUGCUCGUGUUCAUUGUCAAGUGCGGUGGACAAGUUUGAAAAAUAUUCUUGUGGAAAGAUAUGAUGUGUAUCCAGUAUUAACAAAUGUGGUCGGAUGUGUUUGAACCGUUGUUACCUGAUUCACUAGUAUGAGAUUGGGUACGGCUUCGCAAUUUGCUAACUAAUUUUCAUGAUAUAAUUCGCUUUUUCGGUUCGCCGUUGGUGGGGUGAUCAGGGAAUCAGGUAACUCUCCUUUGAACUUUGAAGCAUUGUCAAUUGACUGCAUUUCAACCGCUGUUUCUUUGUUCAAAUAUAUUACUCUUAUGGUUUGGUUUGAACAAAUUAGUGUUGUUGCUUAGUUUUUCUUCAUUUCGAACUUGAUGUUAUUCUGAAAGCUAUGUUUUUGUUUACACGCUUAGUGUGAAGCUUUUGGAUUUGAACACGAAUUAAGACUUUCUCGGUAGUUUUUCCAGCAAGUGUUGCUUGUUGCUGCUUUCUUCUUUCCUCAGCAUUUUGAACCCUUCUUUAUUGGGGUUUAUGUGCCUUGUAGCUUUGUUGGCAUUUUGAGUUUUGAUGCUUUUCUUGGAACAAGUUUUGGUAGUAAAAAUUCUCAAUUUGAUUGGCAAAAGAAUACAAAUAAAUAGAAUGAGUUUAUAUGUGGUAUUGUAGUGUUUUUAAGGAAAGUCAGUCACCUCAAAAAGCUGCAAGGUUUCUUGGGUGGCCAUGAAUAUUGAAUAUGCAGGUUUCUUUUCCCCUUGUAUGUUUAUUUAUAUAGUAAACUUGUAUUCUUUUGUUUCCUUGCCGGAUUUGGAUUGAGUAAAAACUUAAACUGGAAGUUUUGUAUGCGUAGAUCAUGAAUGAAUCGAAAGGUGAAAGUACUCGUUGGGAAACUAAUGCCAAGAGGUGAUAGUACGUUGUACUUGUACACACAGGGCUAGGCAAUAGGCAUAAUUCUUGCUAAAACUGAUACUGGAGAUGGAAACCACAUCAUAAUGUCUGUGUAUCAAUCAUCGUGACAGAGUAAGGUUCAUCAUAUAUGGGUCAGCCUCGAAUACUCAUUCAUCUUCUUUCUUGGCCAUUUUGGGAACUUACUGGAACUUUGUUGCACUGCUAAUGCUAUGACCUCAUCUGUUAUCAUACACCGUGGUUUUCUUUGUUUCUGUCUACGCUCUAGGCAAUGACUUGGUGUUUGUACUCAUAAAUACACUCAAUUUUUAGUCUCAUGUAAUAGGAAAAUUCUUGAUUCUUCUUUGUA